ACUUUUGCACGGGGAAGUUUUCCGGAACUGAGGAGCGGCGCGGAGCGCGGUGUGCGCCCGCAGCGUUGCAGCCAUGGAGCGGCAUUAAAAGAGGAGAGAGAAGAGGAGGACACGAGCGGUUCAUAGUGAACAGGAGCAGCGGCGACAAAACAAGGGAGCCUGGGUGAAACUGUGGAGUGAGCUUCUCUCCUCUGGACGUUAUGGCCGAAAUGCUGAAUCCACCGGGCCUGUUGACUAUGCCCCGGAGUCCCACCUCCAGUGAGGAUGAGAUGGCCCAGAGCUUUUCAGAUUAUUCUGAUGAUUGUGCCUCCGACAGCUCCCGCGAAGAGACCAUUUACGAGACCAUAAGGGCUACGGCCGAGCCAUCGCCGCACCGCAUGGACGACAUCCACAUCAACUCGCAGGUCGUCCGCAUCCUCAUCCCCGACCUGCAGCAGACGAAAUGCAUGCGGUUCAAUCCAAAUGCAACAGUCUGGGUCGCCAAGCAGCGGAUCCUGUGUACGCUCAACCAGAGCCUGAAAGACGUCCUCAACUAUGGGCUUUUUCAACCGGCCAUCAACGGAAGAGACGGCAAGUUCCUGGACGAGGAACGCAUCCUCCGAGAGUAUCCUCAGCCAAUCAGCAAAGGCGUCCCAUCUCUGGAGUUCCGCUACAAGAGCAGAGUCUACAGGCAGCCAAAUGUGGACGAGAAACAGAUCGCCAAACUGCACACAAAGGCCAAUUUGAGGAAGUUCAUGGACCUCAUUCAGCACAAUCAGGUCGACAAGGUGUCCAAGAUGUUGGAGAGAGGCUUCGAUCCCAACUACCAGGACAGUGACACCGGUGAGAGCCCGCUGACGUUCGCAGCUCACCUGGACGGUGUGGUGGAGCUCAUCAAGGUGAUGAAGAACGGAGGAGCUCACGUUGACUUCCGGGCCAAAGACGGGAUGACGGCCGUGCACAAAGCAGCGAGGUCCAAGAACCAGGUCAUACUGACGACACUGCUGGAGUUGGGAGCAUCUCCAGACUACAAGGACAGCCGCGGUCUGACGCCGCUGUAUCACAGCGUGGUUGUGGGCGGAGACCCCGGCUGCUGCGAGCUCCUGCUGAGCAACCACGCUUCUGUGUGCUGCCAGGACGAGAACGGCUGGCAUGAGGUGCAUCAGGCUUGCCGCCACGGCCAUGUGCAGCACCUGGAGCAUCUGUUGUUUUACGGAGCAGACAUGAGCGCCCAGAACGCCUCAGGAAACACCGCUCUACACAUCUGUGCCCUGUACAACCAGGAUAACUGUGCCAGAGUGCUGCUCGUCCGUGGAGCCGACAAAGAAGUCAAGAACUACAACAGCCAGAGUCCAUUUCAGGUAGCCAUUAUCGCCGGGAACUUUGAGCUCGCCGAACUCAUCAAGACCCACAAAGAGAAGGAUAUAGGUGUCCUCAUGGUCCAUAAAGACCCUCUGUUGUCCUUGUAG